UCCGGUCUGCACCUGUCUUUUAUUCUGUAGUGAAAAAUAGCACUGAAGCGAACAAAAUAGGAAAAACGUGCAUUAACACACAGGUGGAUUGAAGAGAAAGGUUUUGGGAAGAUAGGGAGUGUAGUUUUCAGGUUUACGUAGUUCCAGUACAUUUAUAAGCGCAGUACAGAGUCUGUUUGAGUUUGCAUAUUGUACCGGAAGUUAGCGAACUAGCCUCGUCGAGGUAGCGAGCUGUAUUGUGGCUAGUUCCUUUAAAAUCCUUAUAACGAUAAACUUCAUCCCUGAACUAACAGGACUCAAAUUAUUAUUUAACUAAUAACGAAUCACUAACGCACAGACUAUAUAUAUAUAUAUUUUUUUUAACGGUUUAGCGUUUUUGCUUUGUCAGUUAAGGAUAUAUUUCGCUUGCUAAAUCAGAGAGAGCGGAUUAGCAAUGGCUGACCUACUGACUGUUUACGACGACGGAGAAGCUAACUCGUUUAUAGACUGCACGAUUUGUGACAAAAGAAUAAGAGGGGACACUAACUAUAAGAUCCACGUGACCACUUUACAGCAUCUGAAGAGGGAGAGAGCUCUAGCUGAUAAGGGCCUCAUCCCAGAGCCAGUUUCAUUGCCACAAUGGACCAGUAUCAAAGAGUACUUGACGUACCUGAACCUUAAUGAACCCAUUAUUGGGCUUGGUGACUUGGUUCAAGAGGAAGACUUUGUCUCAAAUGAUGGCUCAAGCCUGCUGCGGUACAGGUGCAGACUGUGUUCAGUGCAGAUGGACCUCUGUGACAUGGCCACUCAUGUGGUGGGUCGCAGACACCGGCAAAAAUACCUAGAGCGACAUAGGCCAGACUUGGUGACAUGGGAAAAGAAUUCAGAGAAGCAAGCAGGAGUUGUGGCAAGAGCGAAGGCUGCAAUAGUAGAAAAGCAAGAAGGAUGGGGAAAUCCAGUGCCACUCGUCAGAGCAGAGAAAGGAAGAUCAGUGAGAAAUCGAGCACAACCUCGCCUGUCUUCUAUUCGAGGAGGAGCCUCUUCUGGGCAAGACAGAAGCAAGCAAAACUUCUACAAUCAAUCUUAUAUGGAGGGUGAUGCUUACAGAAGGCCAUCUCAUUAUAAUGAAGAUAACCAAUAUGACCAGUCCUAUAGAGAUGAUGACCCUGUCCACCCAUCCGGUUCAGGGAAUAACCGAUAUGAUGCCCCGUAUUCUCUAGAGAGCAGGCAGAGAAGCUCCUACCAAGAGAGAGAUUACAUGGAUAGACCUUGCUGGGAAGAUGAAAUGAACAUAGGGGCUUUUCCAGGAGAAGGAACUCCUGAUAGACAAAGAUAUAUGGACAAGCGAGAUCCACAGCCUUACAGUGAUGAAUGGUACCCGGAGGCAAAUUCUAACAGAGGACCGUACACAAAUAGAGAGGGCAGUGAUUAUUAUGGCAACGUUUCAGAAAACAGGUUUGAUGACUCGGGAGUGGACUAUCAAAAGAGUGGGAGGAUGCGAGAUCCGAUGUACAUGUCGCACCACGGAGCAGGACCUAGCAUGGAAGAAAGUCAGCAGCAGAACAGAAACCUGCCGUAUAGAGAGAAAGGAAGAGAGAGUUUUCAGGAUGAAACCGGAAGGCGUGGGUCUUUUGAGAUGCAAGACUAUAACAAAAGACAAAGGUACUACCCAAGUGAGGAUGAUCUACCUGCGAAAAAGAAAAGGAAGAGCAGAUUCUCUGAUGCCUCACCACUAGAGAUGGCGCUUUCACAGAAGAGCCAAAUCGAUGCCAUGGUUUCAAAAUAUAAACAGAAAGGAAGACCAAUGCCUUAUCUAAAGAAUCAGGCCUCUGGAAGCAACAUGGAUUCAGCUGUAACUCCACGUAUGGAAAAUGUUUUGGAUGUCCUGAAUGACAUUCAAAUCGAGAACGUGCAAGAGGCAAACUUCUUAAAGGAUAAGUUAUGUGCCCUUCUUAAAGAGUUCCAGACAAAUAAAGUUCAGCGCACUCCGGGUCAGGUUUCACAGAGUUCCACAGGUUUCACAGACUCUUAUCACGGCGGUAACACGAUGGAGCCGCACAGAGAUAUGCCAGAUUUGAGACGUUUAGAUGACCAUGGCUUUCAGGAGCAUAUGAGAUACGAUCGUGACAUGCAAGGCCCCAGGGAAUAUUUACACACAAGGCAUGUUGAAGAGGAGCCAAAAAGCAUGAGACAGAACAGAGUUCCUGAACAGCCUGAAUAUCAGUGGGAUCCUUAUAGAGAGGGCUCGGCUGGCCGAUCUGAAGAGCGCAUGGCUCGCCAUCCAGAUGACAGAAGAGUAUACCGAGAGCCUGCUUGGAAUUCCAGACCUCUAAGAGAGGAAGAAAGAGGGUACACUGAGCAACAUCAUUAUCAGCAUGACUAUCGUUCUGGUGGAGAUCUCUACGACCCGUUUGAGCCGUCAUCAUCUCCACCUUUGGAAACAGGCUCCUCUACUCUUGACAAGCUUGCCUCCACGCUUCUCGAACUGGUGGCACGCAAAGCAAAUUAAAUACACCCUUUAAUCACCCUUGAAUCAGUAUGUUCAAAAGUAAUGCCUAGUGGUUCUUUAGUCAUUCAGUGAUGUGAAUUGUUCAUCUACAUAAACUUUAUGAUGACACCAUUUGUCUGUUUGUUUUAUGUAGUAUUGAUUGGUGUUCAAAUCUGUGUUAAUAAACCAUUCAUGUUCCUCA